UAUCCUCUCAUCUGUACACAGUAGUAUUUUGUGCAAGAACUCACUAGAACACCAAAAACAAAAAUGCCAGGUAAAUCUAAAACCCCGUAGACCUCUUCUCCUAUUGUUUCUAGUUGUAUAAAGCAGCUUCUUCACUUUGAAAGGACAGGAAACAGUUAAAAGAAAGAUUUGUCUCAAUAUUGAUAUUCAUUGUAUGGAAAUUACUAUUUGGAACCGGUCUAAUUAUACUGUCUUGUCUCAGUCCGAGGAAGAAAAGUCUCAGUUAAUUAAGGACCGACCUAAUUACUUUUGCUUUCCAAAAAAAAAGAGGAACUGAUUGUGAAUAGGAAAUUCCUAAUUAUUCAGGUGACAAUCAAAUAUCAUACUUUGAGUCUCUAUUUAUCACUUCCCUUCUUUGCCAAAGGUAUAACACAAAGCCCCCACCACUUGUUCUCUAUAUUGUCCUUCAUUUACUACCAUAAAGUCUCAUAACUCACAAGUACUUCCAAGAACUUGAGGUUUAUUUUCAUCAUAUGAAAAAGAUGAAUACUCUACUCCCUCUCCUUGUUCAUUUUAUUUACACUUAAAUUGGAUUAGUCCAGUGCAAAUUUCUAGUCUUGUUGCAUAUUAGUAGUCCCAUCAUAGUAUAUUCAAAUAUUUUUGCCAAGAAUUGGUUAUAUUCAUCUGCAAAAUCCAAGAUUAAGAAUUUGAAGAAUAUGGAGGUUUAUCAUCGUCCUUACAGGGUACUUCUUGAUCCCCAUCCAGUUAUCCCGCCAAGCAGUACUGUAAGCAAACCCCACCAUGGUUACUCAAACGAAGCAAAUUUCGACACCAACAUGGUUAUCAUAUUAGCAGCUCUUCUCUGUGCAUUAAUAUGUGCACUUGGCCUAAAUUCAAUUGUACGAUGCGCGUUACGUUGCAGCCGGAGAUUUGCUUUCGAGUCAGAAAAUGCCACGGCUGCACGUUUAGCUGUUACAGGGCUGAAAAAGAGCACGUUGAGGCAACUUCCAGUGACGGUUUAUGGAUCAGGAGUUAAUAUUCCGGCUACGGAUUGUCCUAUUUGCCUGGGAGAAUUUAUGGAUGGUGAGAAAGUGAGAGUUUUGCCAAGAUGUCACCAUGGGUUUCAUGUGAAGUGUAUAGAUAUUUGGUUGGCUUUACAUUCUUCUUGUCCAACAUGCCGACAAUCAUUGAUGGAACAGAACACAACGACAACAUCAGGGGAUGUUGAAACUGGAUUGAGACAACCUGGUACUAAUGCUAAUGCUACUGCAACUGCAACUGUUGUUGAGGAGUUGCGUUGUCAGAUGUCAAUGGUAAGAUGGAUGUCUUGUUACUAUGAUGGGCAGCUAGCUAGUCAUGUAGAUCAAAAGGCCCUUCAUUCCAAAUAUCAAAUCAUGAUCUUGAACUGCCACCAACACUGCCACUACUCAUUAAUCAGCAAUCAGCACUGGAGAAACUGCAAAUUUGGGCACUAAUAUGUUUGACUACUUGAUCAUGUUUUUUUUCCUUCUUCUUUGGGUUACCCGAACUUCGCAACUUUUUUAGUCUCUGGUUGAUUUGAUAAGGCACAUUCAUAUAUUGAUGAGUUAAUGGUCAAAAAAUACCUGAACUACUAUUUUUUCGCGAGUUUCA